AUGUCAAAUGCUGAUAUUUCACAAUAUUUACGAAUCAGUGAGACAACUGUAAGAUAUUGGCUUGAAAGAUACGAAACAACUGGUGAUAUAGAAAUUAUACAAAAAUCUGGUCGUAAACGGUCUACAACAGAAAAACAAGAUGAUAUAAUUCAAUCGAUGGUAGCUCAACACCCAACCGAAUCUGCACGUCAAAUUGCAUUCAGAUUAUCAAAGAAAGGUAUAAAAAUUAGUGAAACAACAUUAAGAAGAAGAUUUAAAGAAGCUGGUCUGCAAUCAAUGAAACCAACUUCCAAGCCAUUGCUAACAGGUGACCAUAUUAAGAAAAGACUUCAAUGGGCAAUACAACACCAAGAUAUUGACUGGAAUCAAGUUAUAUUUACAGAUGAAAGUUCAUUUCAUAUGAAACAAGUUAUAAGACAUGUAUGGAAAAAACGUGGCGAAGAAUAUUAUGUAUCAACAGUGAAGCAUCCUGUCAAAGUUCACGUAUGGGGUUGUUUUAGCAAACAUGGAUUCGGAAAACUGUCAAGAGAAGAAGAUUCAAUGAAACAAUUACAGCAUGAAUUGAAAAUUAACUCACCACAUACUAUCAUUGAUUGGCGAAUUUUUUGCCGUGAUAUUUGUGCUAUUUAUUUUGUUAAUAAUUCACCGGGUGAAAAAUAA